AUGAGACGCGCUUCCCGGAAAGAAGCACCAGCAAACCAUAAACGCGCACUGCCGACGCGUCACAAUUUUCUCACGGAUGCUGUACGUAUUGUGUUGGAACGAUUGGCAGCAGAACCUGCCGAACAAGGAUUAAAUACAUCGACCAUUCUCCAUAUUACGGACAACGAAAAAGAACUUGUGAAAUGUGAGAAUCACCACGAUACCAUGAAUGAGCCAGACUCCGCUCCCGUACUUCCGGUGAUGCCUUCCUUCAAGCUGGCACCCAACUAUCGUUUGUUAUGCAACAAACCCAGCACUAUGGAGGCUCUACCGGAACCCUUGCCAGAGGAUUUCUACAUACGACGCCACCGGAAACACGAAUUGGAGGAAAAGAAACAGAAAAAUCGAGAAAAGGAACGAUUGCAGCAUGAAUUUUACCAGCAGCAGCAGAUGGUUCAACGAAUCAAAACCUUGGAUAAGGGUACCCUAAAAUCCAUUGUAUCUUCUUUGCGCCAUCGUAUGGAAGACGUGGCUCAGACGGGGGCCAAUUUGGAAGCCAUCGAUCUCGACGUGGUUCACGAGCAAUUGCUAAAGGACGCAGAGGAUUAUCUCCACCGAUUUGAAAUGCUUGGUCUCAACCGUGCGCGACCGCCUGUACCACCCUCUAUUCAUCCCUCCUCCGAAACACAUCAAAAGUUUUCUCCAUCGACAUCGUCCCCCUUGCCCAGUGGGACCGACACCACCAAAAGCAAAUCAGCUCCUGCACCGGCUGAACCUCCCACGGCAACACCCAAACGGCGCGGUGGUCGUUCCUCUGUAGCUUUCGGGAAAACCGUUCCUUCUAUGAAACCGUCAGAGUUUCUGUUGCCGGAUAAACCAUUUGCUGCGAUGAUGGAUGAACGGGCAGCGCAGCGUCCACCGGCGAACAAGAAGAGAAAGUUAUCAGCUUCACGAAAAAGAGCAGUAUCUUGA